AGCUAUAGUAGAUUACACUGAAACAUUAAAAAACUGGAGGUUGAUAGUUAAUCUAUCUGCAACAGCAACAUUGUGACAGUGACAGUGUCGUAGGAUGGAGAAGGUGGUAUGUGUGACCGGCGGCAGCGGCUGCAUUGGUUCAUGGCUCGUCCAUCUCCUCUUGGAUCGCGGCUACACCGUUCACGCCACCGUCCAAAACCUCAACGAUGAAGCCGAGACGAAGCAUCUUCAAUCCCUCGACGGAGCGUCCACGCGCCUCCGCCUCUUCCAGAUGGAUCUCCUCCGCCACGACACCGUCCUCGCCGCCGUGCGUGGCUGCGCCGGCGUCUUCCACCUCGCCUCUCCCUGCAUUGUCGACCAAGUCCACGACCCCCAGAAGGAGCUUCUGGACCCGGCGAUUAAGGGAACCAUGAACGUGCUCACGGCGGCGAAGGAAGCAGGGGUGCGGCGCGUGGUGCUCACGUCCUCCAUCUCCGCGGUUACGCCGAGCCCCAAUUGGCCCGGCGAUGUUGCCAAGACGGAGGAGUGCUGGACCGACGUUGAAUAUUGCAAGCAAAAGGGGUUGUGGUAUCCAUUGUCGAAGACUUUAGCUGAGAAAGCUGCUUGGGAUUUUGCUAAAGAGAAUGAUUUGGAUGUUGUGGUGGUGAAUCCUGGCACUGUGAUGGGUCCUGUUAUUCCACCAAGGCUUAAUGCGAGCAUGGUCAUGCUCGUGCGCCUUCUACAAGGCUGUGCCGAAACAUAUGAGGACUUUUUUAUGGGAUCGGUCCACUUUAAGGAUGUAGCAUUGGCACAUAUUUUGGUGUAUGAGAACAAAUCAGCGGCUGGUAGGCAUUUGUGUGUUGAAGCUAUCUCUCACUAUGGUGACUUUGUGGCAAAAGUUGCUGAACUCUAUCCAGAGUAUAAUGUGCCUAAGAUGCAACGAGAUACCCAGCCGGGAUUAUUGAGAACAAAGGAUGGAGCAAAGAAACUGAUGGAUUUGGGUUUGCAAUUCAUUCCAAUGGAGAAGAUUAUUAAGGAUGCUGUAGAGGAUUUGAAGAGCAAAGGGUUCCUUUCAUAAAUAAUGCUGCUGCUGCUGCUAUUUAGAACCAGAGUGUAAUGUUUGCAAUAUGAGUACUUAUGACACGAGCCUGCAAUGUAUAGUUUGUUUCCUCUAUGCCUAUGAUGCUAUGCAAAUUGGCGCUGACUCGAUAUGUAUUGUCAAUCUGAUGCUUUUUUAUUAAUAAAAAAUAAAAGCUAGAAUAGACCGGGAGAGGUUAAGGACUUGAAUAUCA